UUUUAGAUUUUUGUUCACAUUGGUGUUUUAGAUGUCAUUAUGUUAGGAUCAAUUGUCUUAAAUUUUUUAUUUUUAUUUUAAUUUUAAACUUUCAUUUUCAUUACAUGGUUUACAUAAUCAAACAUCAAUAUUAGUAAUUAUUUCAUCUCCAUCAUACUACCAAACAUAUAAAAUAUUUUUACAAAAUUCAUUAUUUAAUUCUCAUUCCAAUUUUGAUUCACAUAUGCAAACUAAACACACCUUAAAUGUACUUUCAAAGAGUAUUACUCUCAUCACGUGUACAUAUUCUAUUAGACAAAAAAUAAUAAAUAAAAAUGAUAGAGCCUGAUUUUUUUAAGCAAUCAUUGUAGAACACUUUAUUUUUAUUCUUAUUAUUUUUUUGAAACUAAGUAGAGAAUUUUAUUGAGAGUAGAAAAUAGAGUAUAACAUGAUAGUAGAUCUGUAGAUGUAGUAUUACUCCAUUUAAAUAAGGCUUCCCCUUAUUUCUUCUGCCACGUCACUGGCUAGUAAGCGGCCACGUCCGCUUGAGCGUAGACUAUACCAAAACACUUUUCAUAGUUUCUAGUCCCCUCUAACCGCUUAAAAAUAGAACACAACCUUAAAGUAAUCGAGCACUCACAACUCCGUCUGAAGUGUGCGGCAAGGCACUGAAAUUGCCCAACCCGGUUUCUUCAAGGUUUGUUGAAGAUUCUGAUUUCUGGUAUUGCCACUCGGUUAAGAUAGCCAGUACAGUUUUGUGCUAGACCAUGACUGACUAUAAAUCACCUGGAAGUUUCCAAGAUAAAGUGGAGGGCAGUGCGGAAAAGGGGAUAGAUGAAUCUGUGCACAAUUUACAUGCAAUGAAUGGUCAACAGAAGCACCGAGAUUCAGAGGAAGGCAAUAACAAAACCAACAAAGCUGACCCUGAAGGUGGUGAGAAUGUAGCUCGUGCUCCUGGCGAGGUAAAUAUGGAAGCUGAAAUUACUCCCGAUGAUGUUAUGCGGGCAGGAGGGUUUGGAGCUAGAGACGAUAUUGGUAGUUUCCUUCCUACAGCAGUUGACACCACCGACUUUGAAGCUUCUCUGCGUGAUGCUCGAGGCUAUGAAGAGCCACAAGAACGCGUCUGCAGACCUGGCCUUGGCUGGACAGACGAAGCGGCUAAGAAAUGAACACAUUUCUGCUGCAGCAUCAAGUGGAGUUUCUAAACCCACUUCGUAUUUUCCUGCCCUUUUAUACUCACAGUUCUCUUCCUGAUAUAUAUAUGUAGUGGUUUGCUGACAGGCUGACAGAACAAUUGCUUUUGAACAGCAUCCCAUAUUUUAUUAGAGUAAUUCAAGUCUCCUUGUUUGUGAAA